AUGGAUAGCAACCAGAAUUCGAUACUGCCUCUCACAAAAGAGCCAACGUCAAUCGACGCUGUACCGACGACCGGAUUUUGGGAAACAAACGAGGACCCUGAAUUAACUAAUAGCAAGCAGGAUCCCUCCCCAUCUCCCACUCUGGGGACAAGCCCCCCUCUCUUCCGUCCACUUACCCCAUCAACAGACACCAUCAAAAGGAUCGCACACCUAUUCUGUGAGGACGGAUGGACUAACAGGGAGUACGCGCAAGAGCGUGCCGACUUCCUCCAAUUCCUUAAGGAAAACACACCCAGCGGCCGCAUGCAAAGGGACUACAACCGCUACACGGAGAAGCUCUUGCGUGGAGAGUUCAACGAGAUAGCCGGCCACCUCCGCCGCGACAGGAACCUUCUCAAGACAAGGCUAUACCGCGCAGAAGACACGAGCCUGCGAUCGGCCUUCAACGACGCAAUUCACAAGAAGGAGAAAACCUUGUUCUUGGUGAACAAGUACGUAUUCAAUGGUCACGAUGACCCGUUCUGGAGGGUGUACCCGACAAAGGAGGCGGUAGAGAUGAGCGUGUUCCAGGACUACUGGGAGCAGAGGCCUAGACGUCGCACUGACGAUGAAGAUGACUCCUUUGGAAUAUUUGACAUGGGUCUCGGACCAUUUAGUUAG